AUGCUCAUAAUUGCCAGAAUUGUUGCUCAAAAUUUGAUCCCUAAGACUGGUAGUUUUGAUCACUUUGCCUCUGACAAGAUAAAUGCUGUUUAUGCCAUCUUUGCUAAAAUCAAAGUUGAUUGGGCUACUAUCUUUAUCAAUAACAUGGCAUCUAAACACACCAAGUUUCUACCCUUUGGUUCCUUUCUCACUCUCAUUUUUCAACAUUUCAAUGUUGACCUCACUAACGAACCUAAGGUUGAAUCCAAGAGGGAUUUCUUUGAUGGCAUCUCACUUUCCAGAAUGCGAAUAUCUCUUGACUCCACUCCUAAACCAUCCUCUCACUCCCGUUCUAGAGCCUCUACUUCUUCCACUUCUUCCACUUCUUCUUCCACUUCUUCCUCUUCUGAAAUUUGUGACCGUCUUGAUCGCCUUGAGACUCGACGUCAGUCUCUCGGGAUCCCUUCAAAGUCUGAGUCUGAUUCUAGUGAGGAUUCUGCUGGUGGCUCAGAUGGUGAUGGUAGUGGAGAUGGUGAUGAUGAUGGUAGUGAUGAUGGUCUCAGUCUAGAGUUUCCUCCUCAUCCGCCUCUGAUUUCUGAUUCUGAUAGGGGCACUGCUGAUGGAUCGGGAUCUUCAGAUAGUAAGGAUGAUGGUAAGGGUGAUCGUGACAGUGAGGGUGGUGAAGAUGAAUUAAGUUCCUUUUUGUGA